AGCACCACCACCACCACCUUCGUCCGGGCGGUGGCUACCCUGGUCCCUCUCUGGCUGCUGCUCACACGCACGAGUCACAUACGGUACACACACACACUCACCUGUCACCUGCGGCUUCCAGUUCUCUUUUUUGUUUUUUUUUUCCCUCUUCCAUUCUGCACUGAACUGCCCUGCAUCGCCUCUUCCUCCUUCACACGUACCCAGAAGGUCCGUUGUCUCGGUGCUCCCAGUCAAACGGAAGCCUCGCCCAGCCCACCUUGAGCGGCCUUUCGUCACUGACGCACGCUGCCUCGGCACCCUACAUUGACCUCCAACGGUCGGAGAACAUCGGACCUCGACCCUCCACACGUUUCUGGCUGGUUUUCGAGUCAUACUACUGCUCCAAGUCGAUUGUUGCUGUCCCUUGAUUCAGUCCUUCAGGUCCUUCGAAUUGUUCGUCCCUACCGAAGCAGGCCGCAAGGCCUGAACCUCCUUCAACAUGUCGUGGAAGCCCACUGAGAAGCUCAUGCAAACCAUUGGUCACUAUGCCAGCUUCCCGCCCACAGGAGUCAGUCUUCGACAGAUGGUCCAGUUUGGAGAGAAGCCUUCUGCUGGAACACUCUUUCGUGCCUCACAAUUUCUCUCCGAAGAGCUUCCCGUUCGUCUCGCGCACCGUGUAGAAGAGCUGGAUAAAUUACCCGAUGGCCUCAAUGACAUGCCUUCCAUCAAAAAGGUGCGGGACUGGUAUGCUCAAUCUUUUGAGGAAAUCACGACCCUUCCGCGACCUCAGUUAGACACCGAAACCCGAGACCGCCUCCUCAAUCCUCCCAAGAAGUCCAGCAACAAACUCUCUGCCACCACGCGGAACCCCAGUCUCAAGGACCAUGGUAAUGGCAACGGCAAGAGUGGGAUGAACUCGCGUCGCUAUUUCGCCGCUCUGGACGACGGCAAAGAGUGGCCUCCCAUCCUUUCCGAGUACAACCGCAAGUUUGCUCGAACCCUGGAAAUCAUCAAGAGAAGACACGACCCUGUUGUCACUACUGUGGCUCAAGGUAUCAACGAGUGGAAGCGUAAACAACAACGAAUGCAGAUCGACUCGUCCAUCCAGUCCUUCCUCGAUCGAUUCUACAUGUCCCGCAUUGGCAUACGCAUGCUUAUUGGGCAACACAUUGCCUUGACGGAUCAGACCACCAACAGACACCCCAACUAUGUUGGCAUAAUAUGCACAAAGACCAACGUUCGGGAAUUGGCAGAAGAGGCCAUCGAAAAUGCCCGAUUCGUGUGCGAGGAUCACUACGGCCUGUUUGACGCUCCCAAGGUGCAGCUCUUCUGUCCCUCCAACCUGACUUUCAUGUACGUGCCGGGUCACUUGUCGCACAUGCUAUUCGAGACUCUCAAGAACUCCCUGCGGGCCGUCGUGGAGACACACGGGGCGGAAAAGGAAGAGUUCCCCGUGACAAAGGUGAUUGUGGCGGAGGGAAAAGAGGAUAUCACAAUCAAAAUCAGCGACGAAGGAGGUGGAAUUCCACGAUCUGCUAUUCCGCUCGUCUGGACUUACAUGUACACUACGGUCGAUACCACACCAGAGUUGGAUCCGGGUUUUAAUGCUAGUGACUUUAAGGCGCCGAUGGCUGGGUUUGGGUAUGGUUUGCCACUUUCGAGAUUGUACGCAAGGUAUUUUGGCGGGGAUCUAAAACUGAUUUCUAUGGAAGGAUAUGGGACCGACGUCUACCUCCAUCUCAAUCGACUUUCCUCGUCAGCAGAGCCUCUGCAAUAACAAUUAGCAGUCAUGAGGGACAAAGGCGGAUCCCAAGGAUUGGCGUUGAACAGGAACAACAAGCUUGAGUCUGAUGGCCCGAGGGACUCCAUCCCCGGCAUCAGCAGUGGACGCUUGGCCGCCGUGCGUUCACGAUUGAGGAGCAGGGAGGUGACGGAGAGGAAACAAGUGGGAGAUGCUGAAAGCAUGAUUAACGAGGAGCCCAAUGUGGUACAGCCGGGCGGAGCGAGUCAGUGGCUGGAAUGAAUCUGGGGGCGCACCAUGGAAAAGUCAUUGUUGAUAAGAACACCAGACAGAGAAUCCAAGUGGCUUUUGUUCGCUGACAUGGAAUGGACGUGCCCCAUCGUCUUGAUGCCUACUCGCUUGUGCGUUGGGGAUGGCCAGCCUCGUCUCGUCACCACCAGAACUAUAGUGGUGAUAGGUUUGUUAUGCUCACUCGUACACUGGAUCCAGCAAGCUUUAUUCCCACCGCGUGUCCCGUCCGCUACAUGCCACCC